AUGGCUCCUGAGGCUGGCUCCUCUGGGGUUUCUCUCGGUUAUUUCUGGCUCUUUGAUCUGCCUUCUCCUAAUUUGGGUCAGACCCGUGGUGACAAAUGUCCCAUGGCGAUAGAUAAUUCCUGUGAUCUAUUUGAUUCCACCCUGGUGGUGCCACCACGAUCAGCUUCAGAGACUCCUCCACUCUCUGGAAAUGACACGGACUCCCUCUCCUGCAACAGUGGCAGCUCGGUCACCAGCACCCCAUGUGCGUCCCACCUGGUCGCUGGCCACCGCCCGUGGGCCCACACGAGUGGCGGCCACGUCCUGGGCCUGGCUGGGGACUACGAGGCCCUGUGCCAGCAGAUUGGCCAGGGCCAGAAGCUCUUUGCCGAGAUGGCCCUUCAGAUCCAAGAGGCUCCCCAGCCCGCAAGCCCAGAGCCGGGAACCAAGGGUCCACACUUGGCGCCUCUGAACAGGUUUGUCACCAGCGUGGGCACAGCCAAUCUGAUCCUCGAAGAGGCUGCGAGAUUAUUGACGCUUUUCUGGAGGGUCUCACUCCCCACAACUGGCCAGUGCCCGCUUCAGUGUGAACAGACUGGAAAAAUGAAGGCAGAGAUCACCAAACUACACAAAAAGCUGUUUGAACAAGAAAAGAAGUUGCAAAACUCUGUGAAGCUUUUGCAGCUGAGCAAGCACCAGGAAAAAAUCAUCUUUGAUCAGUUGGUCGUAACCCACAAAAUCCUUCGGAAGGCCAGAGGAAACCUGGAGCUUAGGCCUGGGGGUGCCCAUCCAGGAACAUCCAGCCCCAGCCGACCAGGCUCCUGAGGAGAACUUUCCAGCCAAUAAAGCUUGUGGUUCCCACUGA